CACAGUGGAGAGACAGCAAGGACCAAAUCAAGACCGGAUAAACACUCUCCAAUUAUAAGAGCAAACACGGCUCAACUUGUGUAUAUAGCUGAUGAAUUCCUCUGAUCCGGCCGAGGGUCCUGCUCACCGCUGUUCCCCUCCGCCACUGUGCCCUGCGCCUCCUUUCCACUCUCAACACAAUGGGCCUCCUCCAGCUUGUCACGGCCAUACUCAUCCUUGGGAACUUAGGCCUCGGAAGCCCCGUUCCCCAAGGCGGAGCUGCUCCCGCCGCGAAGUACUGCGAUCCCGAGACGACGAUUUGUUAUUCCGAGUGGUUAAGCCCCGAGAAAAUCGCAUUCCGGAUUGCCAUUCCAGACACGGCUACGGCUGGCAUUUUCGACGUUCUGCUGCAGAUUGCCGCCCCCAAGACGGUUGGCUGGGCAGGCAUCGCGUGGGGAGGCGUCAUGGUCAACAACCCGCUCACCGUGGCAUGGGCCAACGGAAACACGACUGUUGUGUCGAGCCGGAGCGCGAGUGCGCGCACAUAUCCCACCGCUUACGCCGGAGCCACUUACACCGUACUGUCUGGCUCGGUGGCCAACAGCACGCAUUGGAAACUCAACGUGCUGGCCAAGGGCGUCAGUGCAUGGGGCAACACAAAGCUUAACCCGGCCGAAACCGUGUCGCUCGCCUAUGCCCAGGCUGCGAGUCCUCCCCUCGAGCCUGCCAACAACGCCAGCCGGUUCAGUAUCCACAAUUCCAGGGGGAAGUGGUCGCAUGACCUAAAGAGCGCUCAGAUCGCCAACUUUGUCGAGCUGGUUGAGAAGGUGGCCGCCGCUAAGGCUGCAUGAUCAUCACGACACGUGCAUCUGCUACGACUUGGACAGUUGUUGGUGUCAGACUAUUCGUGUCUUCUCGGGACCCGGACUGGGAAUAGACGCUGGAGAGAAAACAUAAAAGCUCAAUUCGCGGUAGCAAAUGUAACUUACAUACAAUUACAGGGAAGCAAACCCGUUGGCUCUUCAAUCACUAUCCUCCUAUGUUUCUUAGGCUAUGUUCAAUCAGUCCCCUGCCACUUCACAUCGUGUUGAGCUUAGCAUGAUAGAGAGAAACGAGAGAGAAAACAGAAAAAAAGAGGCUUAAGGGGAAAGGCGUGGAGAGAAAAGCAGGGAACGAAAACAAACAGAAUACAGCCGACGUACUCCAAGUCCUAAACCUUAGUUAAAAAUUGAGUCGGAUCUGAAUGAUAGACGACGGUGGCUGGUGGGUUAGCACCGCGAUUGGUG